AUGGAACCCUCACCGGCCAAAACCCCCCAGGCCUCGGCUGCCGCAAAGCCUAACAAGACCCUCUUCGUUCGAUCAAUUCCUACUUCAGUAUCCACCGAGAGACUCACUGAAUUCUUUUCCGACUCCUAUGUUAUCAAGCACGCUACAGUCGUUCUCAAUCCCGAGACGAAGAUUUCAAAGGGCUUUGGUUUCGUGACAUUUGCCGACUUGGAGGAUGCCCAAAGCGCUCUCGAGCAAUUCAACAACACCGAUCUUGACGGCAAGAGAAUUCGAGUCGAGUAUGCGCAGCCUCGUCACCGUGAGAUUGAUGAGAAGUUGGGCAAGAGUGUGCCCGCUGCCGCCGCCAUUCAGAACAAACAGAACAGAGAAGAUCAGAGGACACAAAACCAGCCACCCAGGUUAAUCAUUCGCAACCUUCCGUGGAGCAUUGAGACACCCGAGCAGCUCUCGCGGCUAUUCCUCAGCUUCGGCAAAGUCAAGCACGCAGUUCUGCCCAAGAAGGGCAACAAACUACAAGGAUUCGGCUUUGUCGUUCUCCGAGGCAAGAAGAACGCCGAGAAAGCUCUUGAGUCCAUCAACGGAAAAGAGAUUGACGGUCGUCAAUUAGCUGUUGAUUGGGCUGUUGAGAAAGAGACAUGGGAGAAGGCGAAUGGAGGUGGGCAGGAAGAGAGUCAAGACAAGGAGGAAGAUGUCGAUAUGGAUGACAAGGACGCCUCUGGAGCGGACAAAGAUGACGGUGCCGGUACCGACGAGGAGGAUGAGGACGAGGACGAGGAUAUGGAGGAUAUGGAGGAGGAUCUAGAGGAGGGAGCGGAGAACGACCUCGACGAGGAAGACGAGGAGGAGGAAGAGAAAGAAGACGACCGCACAGAAUGCACCAUUUUCCUUCGCAACCUGCCCUUCACCUGCAACGACGAGUCUCUCUACGAACACUUUACACAAUUCGGGCCUCUUCGCUACGCCCGUAUCGUGGUCGAUCACGAGACCGAGCGCCCCCGCGGCACUGGAUUCGUGUGCUUCUGGAAGGUCGAUGAUGCCGUUGCUUGCAUUCGAGGCGCCCCCAAGACCAAUGAAUUUGUUGCCGGUGACAAGGAGCGGUCAAAGCCCGCUAUGAAGCAUUCAAUUCUUCAGAACGAGGACGCCGACCCUAGUGGCAAAUACACCAUGGAUGGUCGUGUUCUUCAAGUCGCCCGCGCAGUGAACAAGCGUGAAGCGACAAGACUUAAUGACGAGGGUGUUUCUCGCCGUCUCGUACGUGACAAGGAUAAGCGUCGUCUCUAUCUCUUGUCUGAGGGCACAAUUGCCUCGAAUUCGCCCAUGUACAAGAAACUCUCACCCUCUGAAGUCAAGAUGCGUGAAGCUAGCUUCAAGCAGCGUGAGACUUUCAUCAAGAAGAACCCAGCUCUGCACCUCAGUCUCACCCGUCUAUCUGUCCGAAACAUUCCUCGUCACAUCACCUCAAAGGACCUCAAGCAACUCGCCCGUCAAGCCGUCGUGGGCUUUGCUACCGACGUAACGAACGGCGUUCGUGAGCCGCUUUCCAAAGAAGAAAAGUCUCGCUCGUCAGAGGAAAUGGAGGAGAUGGAACACAUGCGAAAGACCAAGAAGCAGGGUAUUGUCCGACAAGCCAUGAUUGUCUACGAGACUCGCGAGGGUACCAAGGUCCCCGAGAAGGGUGGUGGUGGUCGAAGCCGUGGAUACGGUUUCAUCGAGUACUUCACACAUCGACACGCACUCAUGGGUCUCCGCUGGCUCAAUGGUCACGCCAUCGAUAUUCCUGCCAACAACGAUGAGGAGGACAAGGAUCGCAAGAAGCGUUUGAUCGUCGAGUUCGCCAUCGAAAACGUACAGAUCAUCAAGCGCCGCAAGGACCUGGAGGAGAAGAAGCGUUUGGAUAAGGAGAAGGCAGAGCAAGAGAAAGAGGCCGCCGCCAAGGAGGAGGCCGAAAACAAGGGGAUGAAGAGGAAGCGCGGCGGCAAGGGCAAGGAUGGUGAAGAGGAGCCAGAGGAAGAUGACGAUGAGAACAAGGUCGCCAAACGCAACCGUAUCAUUGCACAGAAGCGCAUGAAGCGGAAAGCUCGACGAGGCAAGGCGUAG